AUGUUGAUGUUGGCCUUAUUGUUGGGUUGGAGAAAAGCUUCAAAGUGCAAGAAACUACUCAAACAAGUUCGGUCCCGGCUCGAGUGCUUGAAAAACGAGAGGUCUGCUAUUUCUACGCAGUUACGGAAAGAGCUUGAGAAACUAGACGACGAGGCACUGAACCUCAGGAUCGAACAAGAACAACACAUCAGAGACGAAUCUUCGGUUUACAAUUUGCUCGACCAUUUCUGCAACCUCAUCCUUAAGCACUCCUUUUAUAAUUAUAUUCGAACGCACAAGCAGUGUCGUCAAAGAAACCUAGCUGAAGCAGUUUCAAGUCUUGUCUUUGCUUCUUCAAGAUUAAGAUGCGGGGUGAUUCCAGAGCUUGAGGAGAUCAGGGACCUUUUUGGAGAGCGUUACGGGGAGAGUUUUGUAGAAACUACUGUGAAACUGGUGCCUGGGAAUCGUGUAAACCCUACCUUCAAAAAGUCUAUUCUUGCUCUCUUCCCAGACUCAGUGGUGCCCAAUGAUAGAGUAAAACAAGAACUGGUAAAACCCUCUUUUACUAGUUCUUCUACUGAUGAGGCACCAGAAAGAUCAUCAACAGCAGAGGAAAAGGACGACGAGGAUCGCAACAAUAAACUACAACUUAUUACCUUCCAAUCUUCUAAACACGUCCACCCCAAAUUGCCUGACUGGGAUGAUAUAUUUACCAAGUUCAGAGCCCUCAAGAAGCCUAAGUACGUCAACCCUAAGUUGCCAGAAUAUGAUGAUAUUACAGCCAAGGAUAAGGCUGUCAAGAGCCCUAUUAUUAAUAAUGAGAACACUACUGCUGAUAAUUACCGCUCGCAAUUAGAGUACGAUGAUGAGCAUGAUAAUAUUGAUGACGGAGCAAUGUUCAGUUAUUCAUGGUUGUCGAUAGAGAGCAUUUUGGCAAUGAUAAACCAGCCCCAAUGUGCCAGUGUCAUUAACACAAUCACCCCAUAUUGA